ACCCGACCUUGAACCCCGACAUCUCUUAUUAAGUCCUCGUAAGCAACGGGCUCGAAACUGAGUAACCAUGGCCAACGACGAGAUCUUAACCGAUGAUUAUGUAGCUGAGCUACUGGCCAAGGAUGCAAAGGAAAGCGCCAUCAAGUACUCCUCCAUGGGCCUUGACGCUUUCAAGCAAUCUAAACCACCAGCGAAUAAGCCCAAACCAAAUACACGUUUUCUACGCAAUAUCAUCAAGGAUACUGACAGCCACAAUGCAGCACUACUCGCCAAAGAAGCUGCAGAAUCUCGCGCUCGUCUGCAGAGUCUAGCAUCUAAUGAGCACCGUGAGGAGAAAGCAAGUCGAGUUGGAGGAGGAGAUAUUAGAAAACGUCAGCUUGGAGAUAUUGCGGCCAUUCUUGGAGGUAGACCGAGGAAGCGAGCAAGGGUGGGAGCGGGCGGAAGGCGUGUGAACACUUCUAGUGAAGACGAGGAGCCUGAGGAGAAACCGAAAUUUGUGUCUCGAAGAAAUCGGGAUAGCAGAGAGGACAGGGAAGGGUGUGGGAGGCCAAGAGGCCACAGAAGUCACCAUCGGAGACACAGAAGCACCUCUAGAGAUCGGGGCAAGGAUGGCGAAGACCGACGAAGACGGCAUAGGUCACGGUCGGCAUCUCCCGGGGAAUACCGGAGCAAAGAGAGUAGACAUCGUGAAAGAUCACCAAGAAGGAAGCGGUCGAGAUCUCCCGAGGCAGAUAAAGCACGAGGGAAGUCGCAUCGAUCUGAGCGGGAAAAUCCCGAGUCCGAAUCAAAGAAACCAAAGAAGGAUGUCAAGGAAGCAGAAGCAAAGACACAGGAGGGUUAUUAUUCAGAUCCUCUAGAUGACAUUAUCGGUCCUCGCCCUCCAGCUGUUCCUCAAGUACGAACCAAAGGCCGCGGCACCAUAUCUCAAGCUUCCGGUAUCGAUGCCAGAUUCUCAGCAAACUACGACCCGACAACUGACGUCCGGCUAGAUUCCGAUGAGGAUGACCCUUGGGAUCAAGCUUUAGAGGCAAUGAGAGCUCGUAAGAAAUAUAAGGAGCUAGGUGCUGAUCGUCUGAGAGCUGCUGGAUUCACAGAGGACGAGGUUAAGCGAUGGGAAAAUGGUGGCGCGAAGCGGGAGGAAGAUGUUCGAUGGGCGAAGAAGGGAGAGGGCAGGGAAUGGGAUAGGGGCAAAGUUCUAGAUGAUGAUGGAGUUGUUUCUAUUGAGCCACAGUUUGGGAGAUUGAAGGAUACCUGAGUUGGUCUGUCCUGUGGAUGGUUUGAGCUACUACCGACUUUAGAAAUGCAUGGCUCAGCGUUCCAUUUGGAGUUGUCAGCUCCUCAAAAUUCUU